GUACAAUUAUUUUGACAUUUGUUCAGAAGUGUAAAACAUAAACAUAAAAUUGGAGCUAUUAACAUCCUAAACGUAUAUACAUAUAUGUUUAAGCAGAUGGACUUAUCGUGAAUCUGUAUAGUGAUUGAUCUACAAACAAAUUUUGUGAAUUUUGUGGAUAAACUUUAUCAAGAACAGAUGAAAGCAAAUAAUUAAAGGCUGAAGGAAAAUCAUACAUAUACAUGUACAUUACAUAUUAUGUCAUGUCAUGAGUUAUGAAUUUCUUAGGCCAAAUACUCCUGUGAAAAUUAUGUGUUUAGAGAUCAAAAGUUGAUCAUUCAUAUUGAUUCUAUUCGGAGUAUAUGGAUAAAAGAGGAACAUUGGUAUAAAUAUGGAGAUUACAGUCGAACCUCCAUAGCUGCAAGGAACCGGCAAAAAUACCUCGAGCUUCGACCCAAGCGGGAAUGUUUACCCUCAGUUUAAUGAAAUAGUUCCUUUACAUCCAGUUCGGGCCAUCGAGGAAUUCGAGCUGAGCGAGUUUGAGCCAACGGGGUUCGACUAUAUUGUGACAUACACGUACAUUACAAAAACAUUGAUUUUGGAAAAGGAAUGGACGGUUUGAAUAACAACUUGAUUUUAAUACAAAUAAUUUGGAUUACAAAGGAAUGACUCGUAGUAAAAGCAAAGGGAACAUGGUAGCUGGACACCCAGACAUAAGUAAUGUCGACACUUAGAAGUUAUAAUAAAAGAGAUCAUAAGCACAAAUGUUUAUCCAGGAGAAAUGAUUCCCGAGGGCUUUGAAGAAGAAAUAUGAAUGUGACCGGAAUAUUGGCUCUUCCAUUUAUCAUCAUACCUUUGGUGAUAGCAGCAAUUGCAAACAACAGCACACAUGGUACCUUUGAGUAUGCCAGGAAAUACUGUUCCCAACACGGAGGACUGGCGUUUAGUAAUAUUGUGACAACUUCUCUACUUACGGAUUACAAAGUAAACAACUGUAAUCUCGCGAGCAAGUUAGGACUUAACGAUGGUGAAGCAUUGUGGAUACAUCGGCAAGCUGACCUAGGGGCGUAUAUAUCAGAGACCGGUUGUUCCACGAAAUUACCACAGGAUUUCAAGUUGAAUUUGACAGGAAAACGCUCCUUGUUUCAAUGUACGAAAGAGUGUUUGGCUCGUGGAUCCAUGAAUUACAUUAGUUUCCAUAAUGAUCAGUGUUAUUGCAUGGCUGAUGACCAUUCUCACUUAGAAUGUCCGGGGUCAAAUCGUGUUGCCAUUUACCGCAAAUUUCAGUUUGAUGUGAAAGAAGGAAAUUACAGAUGCAUUGUUGCUAAAUUGAAUAACAGGCAGCUUGGUUACACAAGCACUAAAUGUACUGAUAUACAUUCAGGAGUUUGUGUGGAUCGAAGUGCGCAAUCAAAGCUCCAAAGUAACUGUAGUAAGUACUACGCUCAAUCUUCUGAGAUCGGACGAGAUUUUUGUGUACCGCCGGAAAUAUUCAUCAAAGAUAAAACGAAGAAGAAAUGUUCAGAUUACAAUGGUAAAUUGACACCUUACCUAUAUCAAGGUAUCAGCCAUUAUCUGGACAACGGAUUGUACUUUCAGGAUAGUUUCCUUACGUUUAAUCCACAAACUCCUGGGGAGUAUUUCGAGUCGGAAGAUUUUCUAGCUUGCUUGUCAAUUACAAAAGAAGGCUGCACGCUGAUAUUGGAAACAGACAAAUGCGACAAGGAAAACAGGUAUCUAUGCAAUGCGGACAUUCAAAGCAACCAGACGGGAGCAUCAACUCGCAUGGAUUCGAACUACUUUUUUUUAAUAAUGAUGACGAUAUAUAUCUUGCAUUAGUGUGUAUGUGGAGUCACUCAUCAACUAUCGCAAAUUUUAUCGACGGUAAUCUCUUCGAAUACCUCGGUGAUGAUAUAAAUCAUUAUAAUUCAUUAGGCAUUGUUAUGAUUGCUGGAUAUUCUAAUACCAGAACUUCAUGUGACACUUAUGUACCUGAUAUUGAUGAUGAAAAUUAUGUAUGCGAUAUCCCAUUACCAAGAUACUGUAUGGACAAGGGCAGUUAUUCACACGGUAACAAAUUAUUUGAAUUAUGUAAAGCCACUACAUUAAGGAUAGUAAUUGGCCGCCUUGGUUCUUACUGUGGCGUAGGUAAAUAUACAUGUUUUAAUACCAAAGGUUCCCGUGUUAUUGACUAUUUGUUAAUUAACGAAACUAGUUAAAUCUAAAUAAUCUCAUAUUAAAUUUGUAGUCCAAGACCACUUACACCAUUCAUAAUUUUCUGCACGUGCUUUUUGUACCGUUAGCCAACGAAACGAGGCGAAUUUCCAUUCAUAAAAUAUCCCGAGUUUAAGGGACUUGUUUUUACAACAGAUCUGUUAGUAUACAUGCCAAAUUUUAAGCUGUACAACUUUGUAUUACAUUGAUUUCCUUAAUCAUGCCUGUUAGCGAUUUGUCACUGUACCCGGUGGUAAAAUUGCCUCAAUUGUUAUUUUCCGUCAUGUUGUUUACCCAAUUUCCUGUAUAUGUUAUUACAUGUCUGUUGUAACGAUAUGUUACCGUGACAAAAUAAAAAAGUGAAUGUGUGAAAAUAACUUAAAUUUUGUUCAAAACUUGACUGUUUGUCAUUUUAAUGAUUUCAGUGACUAUGCUUGAUUGUCUUCUGAUAUUGUUUGUAACACACAUGUAUUUAAAGAAAAACCAUAUUUGGGUGAAUUUUUUAAAUGGAAUGAUGAGGAGAAGGAUGCCUUUAGAAAUAAUUUGAUAACUAAAGUUGAUGAUUUUAACAAUUUAGUCCAAAAUAGUGAUGUACAAAAUGUUGACCAUAUUGUAAAUACGUUUACUGAUAUUGUACGUGAGGUAGCAGACCCUUUAUUUGUUAAGCAUACCAUAAAAUUUCCAUGUUUCGAAAAAUGUAUUGUAACUAAUAAUUUGUACAAAAAUGCCUUACAUAUUUAUAAUAAUUCACAUAGAGAUAUAGACAAAUUGGAACUGUGUAAAUUAAAACGAGUGUAUAAAACUACUGUGUCAAAGAAACGCCGAGCUUUUAGAUUUAAACGUUGUAAAGAGUUUGAAAAUUUAAAACGUAAAAAACCUAAAGAUUUUUGGAGAUAUUUUCAUUCACAAAAGUCAAGUAAAAAGAAUAUAUAUGUAUUUGAUAACUAAAGUUGAUGAUUUUAACAAUUUAGUCCAAAAUAGUGAUGUACAAAAUGUUGACCCUAUUGUAAAUACGUUUACUGAUAUUGUACGUGAGGUAGCAGACCCUUUAUUUGUUAAGCAUACCAUAAAAUUUCCAUGUUUCGAAAAAUGUAUUGUAACUAAUAAUUUGUACAAAAAUGCCUUACAUAUUUAUAAUAAUUCACAUAGAGAUAUAGACAAAUUGGAACUGUGUAAAUUAAAACGAGUGUAUAAAACUACUGUGUCAAAGAAACGCCGAGCUUUUAGAUUUAAACGUUGUAAAGAGUUUGAAAAUUUAAAACGUAAAAAACCUAAAGAUUUUUGGAGAUAUUUUCAUUCACAAAAGUCAAGUAAAAAGAAUAUAAAUGUAUUUGAUAACUAAAGUUGAUGAUUUUAACAAUUUAGUCCAAAAUAGUGAUGUACAAAAUGUUGACCCUAUUGUAAAUACGUUUACUGAUAUUGUACGUGAGGUAGCAGACCCUUUAUUUGUUAAGCAUACCAUAAAAUUUCCAUGUUUCGAAAAAUGUAUUGUAACUAAUAAUUUGUACAAAAAUGCCUUACAUAUUUAUAAUAAUUCACAUAGAGAUAUAGACAAAUUGGAACUGUGUAAAUUAAAACGAGUGUAUAAAACUACUGUGUCAAAGAAACGCCGAGCUUUUAGAUUUAAACGUUGUAAAGAGUUUGAAAAUUUAAAACGUAAAAAACCUAAAGAUUUUUGGAGAUAUUUUCAUUCACAAAAGUCAAGUAAAAAGAAUAUAAAUGUAUUUGAUAACUAAAGUUGAUGAUUUUAACAAUUUAGUCCAAAAUAGUGAUGUACAAAAUGUUGACCAUAUUGUAAAUACGUUUACUGAUAUUGUACGUGAGGUAGCAGACCCUUUAUUUGUUAAGCAUACCAUAAAAUUUCCAUGUUUCGAAAAAUGUAUUGUAACUAAUAAUUUGUACAAAAAUGCCUUACAUAUUUAUAAUAAUUCACAUAGAGAUAUAGACAAAUUGGAACUGUGUAAAUUAAAACGAGUGUAUAAAACUACUGUGUCAAAGAAACGCCGAGCUUUUAGAUUUAAACGUUGUAAAGAGUUUGAAAAUUUAAAACGUAAAAAACCUAAAGAUUUUUGGAGAUAUUUUCAUUCACAAAAGUCAAGUAAAAAGAAUAUAAAUGUAUUUGAUAACUAAAGUUGAUGAUUUUAACAAUUUAGUCCAAAAUAGUGAUGUACAAAAUGUUGACCCUAUUGUAAAUACGUUUACUGAUAUUGUACGUGAGGUAGCAGACCCUUUAUUUGUUAAGCAUACCAUAAAAUUUCCAUGUUUCGAAAAAUGUAUUGUAACUAAUAAUUUGUACAAAAAUGCCUUACAUAUUUAUAAUAAUUCACAUAGAGAUAUAGACAAAUUGGAACUGUGUAAAUUAAAACGAGUGUAUAAAACUACUGUGUCAAAGAAACGCCGAGCUUUUAGAUUUAAACGUUGUAAAGAGUUUGAAAAUUUAAAACGUAAAAAACCUAAAGAUUUUUGGAGAUAUUUUCAUUCACAAAAGUCAAGUAAAAAGAAUAUAAAUGUACCCUUUGACGAUUUCAAAAAUCAUUUCGAGCUGAUAUAAACCAUGUUAUAAAUAAGGAGGCUAAAAAAUCUAAUACCAACCAUGAUUUCAAUAAUUUUAGUACUGUAUUUGGAUACUUAGAUCACCCAAUAACAUACGAUGAAGUUUGUAAAGCUAUCUUAUUGCUGAAGAAGAAUAACUCACCUGGAAAAGAUAUAUUGCUAAAUGAGUAUUUUAUAGAAGCAUGUGACAUAUUGGGUGGAUAUAUUACAGAAUUUUUUAAAAUUAUUUUAAACUCCAGGAAUUUUCCAGUCGCCUGGACUAAAGGUAUAAUCAUACCAUUACAUAAGAAAGGUGAUAAAUCUGAUGUUAAAAAUUAUAGAGGCAUAACAUUGUUAAGCAAUUUUGCAAAACAUUUAACAUGUGUACUUAAUCAGCGGAUAACUAAGUGGUGUGAAGAAAAUAAUGUAAUUUCUGAUGCACAGUUUGGUUUUCAAAGAGGCAGGUCUACAGUCGAUGCAGUGUUUAUUAUUCAGUCAAUUGUGCAAAAAUACGUUAACUUAAAUACACGUUUGUAUUGCUGUUUUAUUGACAUGAAACAUUGUUUUGAUUUCAUAUAGCUCAAUGCGCUAUGGUUAAAGUUGUAUAAAUUCAAUUUAGAUGGUAAAAUGUUACGCAUAAUACGCACUAUGUAUCAGUCAGUUAAGUCUUGUGUAAAACACUGUAAUAGCUAUUCAGAAUUUUUUGAUAUUGCGGUAGGUUUAAGGCAAGGGGAGAUACUUUCCCCGAUUAUGUUUUAAUUAUUUGUGGACGACUUAGAAUUGUAUCUACAAAAUAGAAAAUAUUGUGGUUUAGCUUUACGUGAUAUUUGUUUGAUUUUACUGUUAUAUGCUGAUGAUAUGGUUGCUCUUGGUGAAACCCCGGAAGACUUACAAAGGUCGUUAGACCGUUUAUACAGUUAUUGUAAUACCUGGAUUUUAGAAGUCAAUAUUGCAAAAACAAAAAUUGUAUUUUUUCCUAAAAGACGUGGCACAAAACGUAAUAUUAAAUGGGUGUAUGCAAACGAAGAUGUUGACAUUGUAAAUUAUUUUAACUAUCUAGGAGUACCAUUAAAUUAUACUGGUAAUUUUAGCCUUAAUACUCAAACAUUAUAUGGUAAAGGUUUGAAAGCAGUAAACAUCUUGUUAUCAAAUCUAAAAAAGUAUGAAUAUAAACCUAGGGUAGCUUUGCAAUUAUUUGAUGCCUUUGUUCCAUCUAUUAGUACAAACGGGUGUGUAAUUUGGGGAUUUAUGAAGUCGACCAAGCCAGAGAAGAUACAUUUAAAAUUUUACACAGCCGUACUAGGCGUUAGACAAUCGUCUUCAAAUGUUGCUGUAUACGGUGAAUUGGGUAGAUACCCAUUGUAUAUAAAUAGAUAUGUAUGUAUUGUAAAAUACUGGUUCAAACUUGAGAAAAGUGUUAAUGUUAUUCAUUCUGUCAUAGAAGACGAUAUGUUAGAUAUUGAUACCAAUCAAGAUAAUUGCUUCAAUAGGGUUAAGAACUAUCUCACCCGAUAUGGCUUUUAUUAUGUAUGGUGUAAUGACACACAGCUAAACGAAAACCAGUUCGUUUGUAUUUUUAAACAGCGUCUGAUAGACGAAUAUUUACAACAAUGGAAUGGAAUUCUUAAUGAAAAUGGUGAUUUAACUGUUUAUAGAGUACUUAAAACUGCAUUUGAGUUUGAAUCCUAUUUAGAAAAUAUUGUGUCAAGAAAUCAUAGAAUCGCUAUCACAAAAAACGUAUAUGUUCGCAUAAUUUAAAAAUUCAUUCUGGCAGAUAUGAUAGCUUAGAGCGCCUCUUACGUCUUUGUCAAAUAUGUGAUUUGAACGAAAUAAAAGACGAAUUUCAUUUUAUAUAUAAGUGUACACCUCAUGUCGAAUUAAUACAAACUUAUAUUAAAGGUUAUUAUAUAAUUAGACCCAGUAUGUUUAAACUUGAGCAACUGCUUAAUACACAGAACACAUCUCAAUCAUUUAUGUUAAGCAAAUAUAUAUAUCGGAAGCAUUUAAAGUUCGUUCUAUUUUAUUAAUGAAUCUAUAAUUAUAAGCCUUGAUACACAAAUUUAUCUCAAUCAGUAGUAUGUAUUGUUAACAUUUGUAACUAUGUGUUACCAUUUAUGUAUAUAUAGGCAAUGUUAGUCUGUUUUAAUGUUAGAAAGUGUCAAUUGAAUAUCAUUUGUUCCAACAUAUACUUGUAUAU